AUGACAAAUCAAGCAAGUGAAAGGAGUAAAAGUAGUGACCCUCUCAGGGGCAUUCUUAUUGGUGGUCGUUUCCGCAUUCUCAAACGGUUGGGUGGCGGCUCAUUUGGUGAAGUAUACAUUGGUGUAAAUAUUCACAGUGGUGUAAAUGUUGCUAUAAAGAUAGAAUCAGCGAGAAUCCAUAGUCGUGCAAUGUUUGAGCAUAGAAUAUACAGUUACUUUAACGAGUGUACAUUUCCUAUUGGUAUUCCACAGUCGUAUUUCGGUGGUCGUGUAGGUGAUUACAACGUUCUUGUAAUUGACCUGCUUGGUCCAAACCUUGAGGAACUGUUUAACAUAUGCGGGCGUAAAUUUAGCCCUAAAACAGUUUGUAUUAUUGGCAUACAAAUUAUUCAGCGCUUGCAGUGUAUUCACAGUAUGAGCUACAUUCAUCGAGAUAUCAAACCAGAGAAUUUUGUUAUGGGCGUAGGUGAUGACUCACAGACAGUGUACAUUAUUGACAUGGGUUUGGCAAAACGAUAUCGUGAUCCUGUCACACUGCAACACAUCACGUGGGAAGAGAAUAAAGCCCUAACAGGUACAGCUAGGUAUGUUAGUAUUAACACACAUCGUGGUAUUCAACAAUCUCGUCGAGAUGAUAUGGAGUCCGUGAUGUACCUUCUUUUUUAUUUUCUCCGUGGGAGUCUUCCGUGGCAGGGGCUGAAAAAUCAGCCAAAUGAUGUUCAUUACAACGUUAUUUGUGAUGUUAAAGUAGCUACUUCACCGGAAACGUUGGGGACGGGUUUUCCAGAGCAAUUUGCACAACUUUUACAUUACUCACGUGCUCUUGACUUUUAUGAAGUUCCACAGUACUCGUACUAUGUACGGUUAUUAUACGAAGCGCUCGCAUCACUUGGCGAAUCUUUUGAUUAUCGAUAUCCAUGGUUAGCGAAGUUGGAUCCGUGUGUGACGGAACUACGUGGUGACACUGAUUCAUUGGAAGAAGACACUAUUGACCUAGUAACACCUCUUACAAGACGGGUUUAUCGUAAAUUGACUUCUACAAAUGCGACACAAUGUAGAACAGUCGUAAAUGAUGAUUUUGAUAUUAUACCCUGUGAUCCAGGUGAUAAUAGAGCUUCACUACUCGAGCUACGAGACUACUAUGGUAUUGAUCUUUUUGUGUAA